UCUAAGUGAAAGGUGAUAUUAUUAUUGUCAGGUUAGGUGUUUAGAAAUUAUAGAGGUAGGAUACGUGUUGUGUUAAAGAGUACAAGAUUGACAUAUGACAUGUUGCUUGUGUUUCUUUGGUUUGUGGGCCUAGAACUAGAUGAGCUUCGAUCUUCAUUAUCGAGUGGACCCAUAUGUAUCUUAUGGUAGGUCCUGGCCCAUGUUUGAAAGUUAGUAGGCCCACACGAAUCUUGAUCACUACAGAAGUCAGAACGUCUGUACAGCUAUAAGAUCCUCGGACGUCGGAACAGUGAAAGCUGUUCGGCUCCCAUCCUUUCCGUCGGGCGUAUAAUCUUGCUUGAUAUUUUAUGAACUCUCGAGAUGUCCUCGCGCGACCAAGCCCUAGCUUCGAUCCUCUCUCAGUUGGCUCUCUCCUUCGACGGUGCUGUUCUCGGAGUAGUCCUUGCCUACGCGGCCGUGCGCUCGCUCUUCAAGUUCACGGCAAACUCCUCCGCACUUCGCAGAAUCCGUCAUGCUCCUUCUGCCGGUGUCCCUGAUCUUCGUGCUUUGUUACCGUCCUCUGAUGACUACUCUCAGUCGUCUGAUCAAAACCUCGUGAUCGUACGCGGCAGCGUUGAGGCCAAAUCGACAGUCGAAGGAAACUGGAAGAGCCUUGGCAGGCCUCAUAUCCUUGUGUCACAUGAGUCGGCCGACAAGGCAGUUGUCAUACAGAGAACUCAAACGUGUAUAUACAAUGAAUGGAAGGGCCUUUUUGGAUGGACAUCUGAUGUACGUGCUAUCUUUGGAAGAUCUUGGAGGGAACACGAAUCAACCUCAUUAAGAACGGUUCCUUUUGUUCUUGUUGAUGGUGGUCAAUGGCCACAAUCAGAUUAUGUUUGUGUCAGUAUUGACGGCUCAGCACAUCCCAUGCCUCUUACAACAGUCUUUCAUCAAUUGCAGCCUAUUGAUGCCUCUCCUUACACAUUCAUUCAAGCACUCUUUGGUCACGAAUACCCCGUUGGGCUGCUUGAUGAGGAGAAAAUUCUUCCACUAGGGAAGGAAAUCACUGCCGUUGGCAUUUGUAGUUUCAGAAAUGGAAUUCCUGAAAUCAAGUCGUGCAAAGAUCUUCCAUAUUUUCUGUCUGACAUGACUAAGGAUCAAAUGAUAUUGGAUCUUGCCUUCAAGACGAAAGUAUUGCUAUGGAGUGGUAUUGCUCUUGGUUCAUUGUCAGCGGUUGUCCUUGGUUAUGCAAUUAUCAGGAAUUUGAAUAAAUGGAAAGAGUGGAGGAAACAGAGACGGUCACAGCAAUCAAACAGUGCUGCCAUUGCCAGAGCUGAUAUGACGGAUGAGGAAGGGGAUGUUCCAGAAGGGCAAUUAUGUGUUAUCUGCUUGAUGAGGAAAAGGCGAUCGGUAUUUAUUCCAUGCUGGCAUCUAGCUUGUUGCAAUCGCUGUGCCUUAUCAAUCGAAUGUGAAGUAUCCCCAAAAUGCCCUGUUUGUCGGCGGACAAUCCACAGUUCUCAGGUGAUAUUUGUGCCUUGACAAACAAACAAACUAGUCAUGUUCCUUUGUAUAUGUUUAGUAGACUGGCAGGGAAAGGUUGCCAGGAAGUUCAAGCAACCUUUCCUCAUUUCUCUUGAGAAAUAUAUAUGAUAAACUCUCCCCUGGUGCUUUUAACAAAGUCAAGGUGACAACAAUUUUGUACAUGAGUCAAUCCUGAGUGUUUAUACAUAGAGACAGUAAGAGAAAAA